UGUUUUAGUGGCUCGAGAGUGCUGUACGACACCUGUCAAAUAUCCGUAAACAAUCCGUUUAGUCUGAGUGUGCUGCUCCUGCUGAUAUGCUGUGUUUUUGUUGAAAUAUUAGUGCUACGUGAUACGGUUACCUUAACCUAACAACAACUCUACAACCAAACUAUUUAUAAAAUGGAUAUGACACACACUUAUUGGGAGGACGUUGGCAACUCCAAUAACCAAAGGGUCAAAUUUGAAAGUAGUAUCAAUGAAGAGCCAAAUAGAAUAAAAGACGAUAGAAGUUUAUACUGUUGCGACGGGAAUCUAAAUUUUCAAACUGCUACAUGCAGUGAAGAUGACUGCGAAUAUGGAUCUUUUAAAAAAAACAAAGUAACCAGACAAGAUCCAAUGUCCCAUCGUAUUAUCGAAAAAAGAAGAAGAGACAGAAUGAACAAUUGCCUGGCCGAUUUAUCCAGACUUAUACCAACCGAAUACCUGAAAAAAGGCCGGGGACGGAUAGAAAAAACUGAAAUUAUUGAAAUGGCCAUCAAACACAUGAAGUACCUUCAACAGGAACAUGUCGCUCCUACAGAACAUUACAGGUUGGGAUACCAGGAAUGCAUGUCGGAAACGAUGCGUUUCAUGGUGGAAGUGGAGGGUCACUCUCCGCGCGAGGCAAUCUGCGCCCGCCUGCUCUCCCACCUGCAGAAGCACUGCACUGACACCGUCUCCAGAGGCCCCAACAUGCCCCCGCAGCAGAUGCCCAGUUUGAGUCCCGACCAGAUGCCCGUGCAUCCGCAGGAGUCCGCCAAGCAGGCAGCGGCGGAGUACCAGCUGCCCAAGCAGGAGCCCGAGCAGAACAACAACAACGGGAACGGGUACUCAACGACGCCGUCGGAGUCCGACUACGAUAAGCACAACGAGAGCGGGGCUUUGUACAAGUACAAGACGAACAUUAAGUUGAGGUUCAAUCAGGACGUCAACGGGGGACAGGAGGUGCCGAACAAGAGACCCAAGUUGGAGAACGGCAGGAGGAAUUCCGUCACCAGCUUGGAAAAUCAAAGCUCCAGUCACAGUUCCCCGCCCAGCUCGGAGCUGUGCACGGAGGCGAGCCACAGGCGGUCGCCGAGCGACAGCACAGCCUCCACCAACCACAUCGAGCAACAAGCGCGCGCCGAAGUCAUCCACGGAUACUCGCCCAUGAUCAAGUCGCCGCCUCUGACGAACUUUAACGUGCCCAUUUUCGCGCUGCACGCCAAAGGGUCGUACUACGUGCCGCUGACCAUCGACUACAAAACGUUGAUGCCCUUCCUGCAGAACUUCAACAUUCUGGAAGUGCUUCAGCCGGUGCACAGCGUCGUUCUGCACCCGGUGACGAUCAGUGUGAACUUCCAACCGAGUUACAGUUCCGAGUUGAACGGGAAGUACAAAUCGGAAUGGCACUGAGUUUGCGGAAACCCCAUUCCAAAUUUGUGCGGUGAUCAGGAUAUGUUUGAAAUUGGGAAAAGUUCUAGUCUAUUUUUUAACGUGUUAUAUAAAAAAACAAUUAGGCACAAAUUUGGAUUUUUUUAAUUUACUAGCUAUUUGAGCCACUGCAUUUUAAAAGGCAGGUGAACUUCGUGAGGCUGUGAUGGUCAGGGGAAUUAUUAAGACUGAUACAAAGUUAUAUAGUAUGUCGAUGAGGUUUUGUUUUUAAAUUUUUUAGAUGUUGUUUGGUGUCAAAACAUACUAAAGAACUUGAAAUCAAUUCGUUGUUUAAGUUUAGAAGAAAGUGAUAAAGAUUUUUAUAUUUUAAAUGUGAAAAUUGUUUGUGUUUUUAUACGGGUCUAUUUUCUAUAUAGAUGUAGAAAAAACACAAUGAAAUGUGGCUUUAAUGGCUGUUACUAAUUGUACACUAUAUUGUUAAAUCUAUAUAUUAUAAUAUAUUUAUACAUAUAAAGCGUAAAUUAUUGUUAUUGGAGUACUGAAAUACUCGUUUUUUCCGAAUAAAUAUAAAUUUUAUUUUUACUCUCCUCUACAUCAAACAAUUGUAAAGAUAUUAUAGUCCAACUACUGCUUUAAUAUGUAAAGAAUGUAAAUACCCAACUAUCUACUUCAACUAUUGUAAUAAUAAUAAUACGUUUUUGAUAAUUAAGUAAUAAAG